UAGCUAAAACAUAACAAGGUAACUAAACAGGUUGAUGAAAGCUAAAAAAAAACGAUAGCAAAUCUUGAUUAAAUAAACAUAACUACCCUCUCCUUAAAACCUUAAUAAUAGGGGGGAAUCCUGCAACAUAAUAGACCGUUAGGUUUUGAAAGUUGGGAGCUUUGCUAGUUUGAAGGUUAGUUAUCUCUUUACCAAACUUUUCCCACCAUUUUCUGUUUCUCUCCUAUUUCCUGGGAAAAGCUGUGCAUCUGUCUGUAAGAGAGAGACCAGGAAUUACAAGUAUUCGACUUUUAGUUCAUAAUGAUCUUCCACCCAUCAGUCAAACAUUACUCACUUUCAAAACCCUUUAAAAGUUAUGCCAUAAUCCAAUUUCAUCUCAAAAUCCCACUUUUCUCUACAAUAAUCAAGCUCACUUCAAUUUGGUUUUUUGCUCCAAGAUCAAAAUUUUGGGGGUUAUUCAAGUGCAAACGCAAGCUGUAUUGUGACUCAUGGCCGAAGACCUAAAGGAGCCAUUUCUAAAUCCACAGGAAUUCAAGAGAGAUGGAAUUGAUUUGGAACGUUUACCUAUGGAAGAAGUCUUUGAACUAUUGAAAACUUCUCAAAAUGGACUUUCAACUUUGGAUGCUGAAAUUCGCUUGAUGAUUUUUGGACCCAAUAAGCUUGAAGAAAAGCCGGAAAAUAAAUUUUUGAAAUUUCUUGGUUUUAUGUGGAAUCCUUUGUCUUGGGUUAUGGAAGCUGCUGCUUUGAUGGCACUUAUUCUUGCUAACGGCGGAAGCCAAGGAACAGAUUGGCAGGACUUUGUCGGCAUUACAUGUCUACUGCUCAUAAACUCAGCAAUCAGCUUUAUAGAGGAAAAUAAUGCAGGGAACGCUGCAGCGGCACUUAUGGCACGUUUAGCUCCAAAAAUGAAGGUCCUGAGAGAUGGACAAUGGCAAGAGCAAGAUGCAGCUAUUCUAGUUCCUGGAGAUAUUAUUAGCAUUAAGCUCGGUGACAUCAUCCCUGCAGAUGCUCGUUUGCUUGAAGGAGAUCCACUAAAAAUUGACCAGUCUGCUCUAACUGGGGAAUCUUUGCCUGUCACAAAGAGAAGCGGCGAUGAAGUGUUUUCAGGAUCUAUAUGCAAGCAUGGAGAAAUUGAAGCGGUAGUAAUAGCAACUGGGGUGCACUCAUUUCUUGGAAAAGCAGCAUACUUAGUGGAUAGCACUGAAGUGGUUGGACACUUCCAGCAGGUCCUUACUUCUAUUGGGAAUUUUUGUAUAUGCUCCAUAGCAGUUGGAAUGAUUAUAGAAAUCAUUGUCAUGUUCCCUAUACAACACCGUGCAUACAGAAGUGGGAUAAACAAUCUUCUUGUUCUCUUGAUUGGAGGAAUACCCAUAGCUAUGCCAACAGUUCUAUCUGUUACACUUGCAAUCGGUUCACAUCGUCUAUCUCAACAGGGUGCCAUUACAAAAAGGAUGACAGCAAUUGAAGAAAUGGCUGGAAUGGAUGUUUUGUGCAGUGACAAAACAGGGACUCUAACACUAAAUCGUCUCACAGUUGAUCGGAGCCUCAUUGAGGUUCUAUAUAAAGACAUGGACAAAAAUACAGUUGUCUUACUUGCAGCCAGAGCAUCAAGAGUGGAAAAUCAAGAUGCCAUUGAUACUGCCAUUAUUAACAUGCUUAGUGAUCCUAUGGAGGCGCGGGCAAACAUUCAAGAAGUUCACUUCUUACCUUUCAAUCCUGUUGAUAAACGCACAGCUAUAACUUACAUCAAUAGUGAUGGUAAAUGGUACAGGGCCAGCAAAGGUGCCCCUGAACAGAUUUUAGAUCUCUGCCAAGAGAAAUAUGAGAUUGCUGGAAAAGUACAUGACAUGAUUGACAAAUUUGCUGAAAGGGGGCUGAGGUCUCUUGCAGUUGCUUUGCAGGAAAUCCCAGAGGAAACAAAGUCAAGCACAGGAGGCCCUUGGACAUUUUGUGGACUACUACCUCUAUUUGAUCCCCCAAGGCAUGAUAGUGCUGAGACCAUUCAAAGGGCCCUUAACCUUGGAGUUUUUGUAAAGAUGAUUACAGGUGACCAACUGGCAAUCGCGAAGGAGACUGGUCGACGACUUGGUAUGGGUACCAAUAUGUAUCCAUCAUCAUCACUAUUUGGGCAUGAAAAGGAUGAACAUGUAGCCCUUCCAGUAGAUGAGCUCAUCGAAAAAGCUGACGGCUUUGCUGGUGUUUUCCCAGAACACAAGUACGAGAUAGUGAAAAUCCUGCAAGAAAAGAAGCAUAUUGUGGGAAUGACAGGGGAUGGUGUUAAUGAUGCACCGGCUUUGAAGAAAGCAGAUAUUGGAAUAGCUGUGGCAGAUGCUACUGAUGCAGCAAGGAGUGCAGCUGAUAUUGUACUAACAGAGCCUGGCUUAAGUGUUAUUAUCAGUGCUGUCCUGACUAGCCGGGCUAUAUUCCAGAGGAUGAAAAACUAUACAAUAUAUGCGGUCUCUAUAACCAUCCGUAUUGUGCUCGGAUUCAUGCUCUUGGCCCUAAUAUGGGAGUAUGACUUUCCACCCUUCAUGGUUCUCGUUAUAGCAAUAUUAAAUGAUGGAACCAUCAUGACCAUCUCUAAAGAUCGUGUCAGACCAUCUCCGAUUCCUGACAGCUGGAAACUGAGUGAGAUUUUUGUAACUGGCAUUGUCAUUGGGACCUAUCUCGCUCUAGUCACUGUGUUAUUUUACUGGAUCGCUAAUGACACAGAUUUCUUCGAGAAGCAUUUUGGUGUGAGCUCUCUAUCUGGAAGCACUGAGAAAAUUUCAUCUGCUAUAUAUCUCCAAGUUAGCAUCAUCAGUCAAGCCCUCAUCUUUGUUACUCGCAGUCAGAGCUGGUCUUAUCUGGAGAGGCCAGGAGUUCUUCUCAUGUCUGCAUUCGUGGUGGCCCAACUGGUUGCCUCCCUGAUAGCAGUUUAUGCAAAUAUUGAUUUUGCUUCAAUCCAUGGCAUUGGAUGGGGUUGGGCUGGUGUUAUCUGGUUAUAUUGUCUGGUUUUCUACUUCCCUCUUGAUAUUAUCAAGUUCAUGGUUCAUUAUGCUCUGAGCGGAGAAGCUUGGAAUCUUCUAUUUGACAAAAAGACUGCCUUCAGUUCUAAGAAAGAUUAUGGAACGGAAGAUAGGGAAUAUGAAGGUAACGAGCAACCAAUAACUCGAAGACGGAGUUAUUCUCUGAUUGCCGAGCAGGCCAAACGACGUGCUGAAAUUUGCAGGUUACAGGAGAUUUACACAUUGCAAGGUCAUGGGGAAUCAGUUAAGCGAUUGAAGAACUUGGAUCUUGAUGCGAUCUCAUCAGCGCACACAAUCUGACACAAGUGACAUGAAAAACGAAUGCAUACAAAUUUUGGUUGAAAGGUUAUGCUUGCUAUAUUCACUUGCAUGAUGAUCACAAACACUUUCCUAUGAAAUGCCUGAUUAUUGUUUCCAUGUACAACGUUUACCAUUCUUUAGAUUUUGAAGGUUAGUAGUCCAAAUUCAAGAAAU